AUGUCGGACAAUCUACCACAAGAAGUGGUGUUUGAUAUCUUGGCAAGACUACUUGUCAAGUCCCUGUUACAUAUGAGGUGUGUAUGCAAAUCAUGGAACUCUCUAAUCAAUAGUCCCAAUUUCAUCACAUCACACACAAACCAAACUCUUGCAAACAACAACAAUGAAUUAGUACUACUUAGGCACCACACUGAUGGCAAAGAUCAGUUCACAUUGCAUUUCAAUAACAACACAUUCAAUGAGUGUACAACAUUUGAUUGCCCAUUUACAAACUGGACAAAGUAUUAUUUGAGGGUAGUGGGUUCGUGUGACGGGUUAGUGUGCUUGUCAUCUCAUGAUCAAACUACGAUUUUAUGGAACCCAUCAAUCAAGAGAUGUUUGAAUCUUCCAACGCCUCGCAUUACAUAUAAGUCUCACGGUUCUUAUACGUUUAUCCUUGGAUUCGGAUUUGAUCCCUUGACUAACGAUUUUAAGGUGGUGAGACUUGUAUAUUUUCACAAGAACUUUGGUUACAGGCUUCCAGCAGAGGUCGAUGUUUAUAUGCUUAGCAUAGGGACUUGGAGAACUGUUACUAUUGCCCCAUCAUAUAAUUUGAUGGAAUGCGUUUCCCAUGCUUUUGUGAACCGGGCUUGCCACUGGAUUGGGUUUGAGGCAAUGACGAAGGAAAUAAGGCGCUAUUUGAUACUGUCAUUCAACAUCAGUACUAAAGUGUUUCAUGAGAUAAAGCUCCCGGAUUGUGUUGCUAAUGUGUUCAGACUAAUUGCAUCGGUUGCAGUGUAUGAGGAAUCGAUUUGUUUGUUCCAUUAUGAUAGGGAUUGGGGGUAUCCAAGUAAGAAUUGUGAUAUAUGGGUGAUGAAAGAGUAUGGUGUGGUUGAGUCUUGGACUAAAUUGUUCACAAUUGAUUUUGCUAUAAGCAAAGCUGUAGGUUUUAGGAAGAAUGGUGAAUUUUUGGCAGAAGAUAGAGAGGGGAAGUUGGUUACAUAUGAUUUCAAGACCGGGCAAAUAGUGUAUCUUGGAAUCCAUGGGUUGAAACAAUCGUUUCAUUUGGAGAAUUACAUAGAAAGCCUAGUUUUACUUAUAGAAGGAAAUGAAGUUUUAGAGGAGAAGGCAAAAUCUAGUAAUGCCUUUGACAAAGGUAUAGAAGAAACGUCGGAAUUGGGGAGCAGCAUUAAUCAACAAGGAAGUGGGUCACGCGGUAGGUUCUUUUGUUGUGCAAUGCCUGGCUCUCUCACAAAAACUGGACUUCCUCAACCCUCUUACAGAAACUCGAUUGAUCGUCCACUUCAAUUGGAAAGAAGCCUAUCCCAAUCAACAAUGCUAGAGGAAGCCGAGAAUAAUAGGAAGUUGUAAAGGUAAUUUACGUCCAUUUUCAGUUGGUGGUGGUCUCUCUUCCAUUCUCAAUGUAGAGAUAUAAUUGUCUUUCGACUUGUGAUAUGCAGAUAUGUUUGGCUUUUGAUAUUCAUGAUCAAUGUAAAACUUCAGAUAUGAGAAGAUUUGUUUGCUAGAUUGUGGUUAUCGGAUCUUUAUUUAAUGUGCUAUGGCUCGAUUUCAAAGUUUAUAAUCUGAAAUAAGGUGUGGUUCCAAUUUUAAACAUUGUAAAUUUCAAUUUAGUUUCAU